AUGUAUUUAUCUUACCUUUUAGUAUUCUUUUCUUUUCACAGUGGUCUAAGUACCACUUGCCCAAGAAGAUGCAGCUGUGACCCUGCCCAGUCAGUGCAAUGCUAUCGAACUACAGAGAUCCCCAGAGAGAUUCCUUUUACCACCAGGAGACUCUACAUCAGUCACAGCAAAAUUAAACAACUCCAGAUUACUGACUUCAGGAGAAUGUCAGCCCUUGAAGAGCUGGUCUUGUCAUGCAGUGGCACAGAAUCAAUAGAAAACACCACUUUCAAAGCUUUGAGCACCUUGAAGUCCCUGGAACUCUACAAAAAUCAGCUAAAGCAAAUACCCACCUUCCUCCCAUCUGGUCUUGAAAUUUUAAAACUCGCUGAUAACUUCAUCAACACUCUGCAUGUGUCUGAUUUUGAAGGUUUGAUCAAACUAAGGGUGCUUGAUAUUCGGAACAACCUGAUUGCGAGUCUGCCACCAAGUGCAUUUUCUUCCCUUUGCAAUUUACAAAGUCUGAUUCUGGAUGGCAACAACAUGGAAUCUGUGUCUGCACCACUUAAGCUUCCGAGGCUGAAGUAUCUGAGCAUGGCUGAUAAUAAACUGAACUCAUUCCCAGCCAACUUCUUUGCAUCUUUCCAAAAUCUACAGUUUCUUAGUUUAAGCAGCAACUUUCUGACAGAAGUGCCUCUUGACCUACCUAGAUCCCUGCUGUCACUAAAAAUAGAGAAAAACCAGCUUAAAACAGUAAGACUUCGAGACAUGAAACACCUAGAAAACCUGUCUGAGUUCUUCCUGUCAGAAAAUCAGCUAACAUCAGUAGACGGUGCCCAGCUUCUUCUGAACUUAACAACACUGGAGCUCUCUAAGAACCAGCUCCACACUAUGCCACUCAGGCUCCCUGGCAGACUGCAGAAACUCGACUGCAGCAAUAACCUGAUUCAAAGGGUGACAGCACAGGACUUCCAAGGACUACAAGACCUCAAGCACUUGUUUCUUGACAACAACGCUGUUAGCAUGUUUGAGGCAGGAGCUCUUCAGCAGUGUGCGCAGCUUUCAAAUCUGGCGCUGGAACAGAAUCUCCUCAUUUCUAUUCCGCUGAGACUUCCAGACACCCUUGCUAGAUUGGAUCUAAAGGGAAAUGACAUAGAGGAUGUUGGAGAACAAGAGCUGAAGGACUUGAAACAGCUUCAGGUUUUAAAUUUACGGAAUAACAAAAUAUCUGCCUUGGAUCGCAAAGUCUUAGAGUAUUUACCUCGUCUUCGUCAUCUGUAUUUAGAUGGAAACCCUUGGAACUGCACCUGUGACCUUCUCAGAACCAGGAGAGCGCUGGUGGCCAAAGGAACGGAUGUCAGGGGAGGGCAGUGUGCGGCGCCAGCAGAAAGCCGAGGAGAAAGUUGGAUGUCUUCCAAAAAGAUUCUUCAGCAGUGUGAAGAUAAUCUGUCUUCCAUGGAAAGAGGCAAAGAGGACAGAAAGAAAAUGAAACCCAGUGAAGCCUCCAGCAUUGGAGUAAACACAGAUGAUGAUUACUAUGAUUAUGAAUUAGAUUAA